UCCACCUCGCGAGGAUCCGGGGCCGGGCGGCCCGGGCAGAAGCUAGCAGCUACUGAUUUCGGGUCCGAGGAUCACGUGAGACUUGUCCCUACUUGUGGUGGAAACGAAAAGAUAGUGAAUUUCUAAGAAGAAAAUAAUGGAUUGCCUAAUAGUUAUUGUCUAAGUGUUUGGACUCAACAGCAGCGUGUAGGUUUUUGCACAGGCCAGAAGAAGAUGGCAACUCCUUAUGUCCCAGUUCCUAUGCCCAUAGGGAACUCUGCUUCCAGUUUUACAACCAACAGAAACCAAAGAAGUUCUUCUUUUGGAAGUCUCUCAACAAGCUCAAACUCUUCCAAAGGCCAAUUAGAAGACACAAAUAUGGGUAAUUUUAAACAGACAAGUGUACCUGAUCAAAUGGAUAAUACUUCAUCCGUCUGUAGCAGUCCCCUCAUUAGGACUAAACUUACAGGUGCAGAUUCUUCCAUUGAGUAUUCUACUAGACCUAAAGAAAAUGAAGAACAAAAUCCUGAAACAGUGAAUUGGGAAAAUAGACCUUCUACACCUACUAUACUGGGUUAUGAGGUGAUGGAAGAAAGAGCUAAAUUUACUGUAUAUAAAAUACUAGUAAGAAAAACCCCAGAAGAAAGCUGGGUAGUUUUCAGAAGAUAUACUGACUUUUCUAGGCUUAAUGAUAAGUUAAAAGAUAUGUUUCCAGGCUUUCGAUUAGCACUUCCACCAAAACGCUGGUUUAAAGAUAAUUACAACACUGACUUUUUAGAAGAUAGACAAUUAGGAUUACAAGCAUUUCUUCAAAAUUUAAUAGCUCACAAGGACAUUGCUAACUGCCUCGCAGUAAGAGAAUUUCUUUGUCUGGAUGAUCCACCGGGUCCAUUUGAUAGCCUCGAAGAAAGCAGGGCUUUCUGUGAAACUUUAGAAGAAACUAACUACCGUUUUCAGAAAGAACUACUUGAAAAACAAAAAGAAGUAGAAUCACUGAAGAAACUGCUUACUGAGAAGCAACUUCAUAUAGACACUCUAGAGAACAGACUCAGAACAUUAUCCUUAGAACCUGAAGAAUCACUUCCCAUGUCAAGAACAGGAGAACAACAGUUACUAAAGGUGGAGUCCUCUGCACUUGAAGUUGACCAGGAUGUCAUGGGUGAAGAAUCUAGAGCUGAUAAUAAUCCAUGCUUAAGUAUUAGUGAACCUGAAAAUUCUAUGUCAGAGAUAGAAGUAGCAGAAGUGGCAUAUAAUACUGAAGAAGACUAAUUCAUCACAAGAAGUUCCCAUCAUUUUUAUGUUUUAGCAAAUUUAGAGUAGAAUGACAAAUAUUUAAAAAGAAAAAAGUAGACUGGAAUAUUUACAGAAAAGAGCUAGAAUAAACAUGUAUAAAAUUUAUAUAAAGAAAAAGCUUUUUUUUUAAAUUAUUGGUAUAGAAAAUAUAUUCACUGCUGCUUUAAAAUGUUUUAUCCAACCUUUGUAUUUAAUACACUAAAAAAUUCUAGUUAUUAGAGUUCUGUUAUCAAUGCCCACAGUUCUGUUACACUAAAAAAUUCUAGUUAUUAGAGUUCUGUUAUCAAUGCCCACAGUGCAGGAAUUAUUUUGGUGUUUUUCCAGUAUGUUGCUCCAAACUAAUGUGUGCAUGUGUUGUGUGCAUGUUUAAGUUACUUAGAAAGGACAAAUGGACAUAAAUUGCAUGUUGCUAUCUAUUUGAUAGAUAUGUCUUUGUAACUCUGACAUGAUAUAUUUUUAUUAGUGGGUUAAAUUAGUGGCAAAGAUGAAUGGAGUUUUAGAUAAUGACAUGUUUACUAUCCCUAAAUAAAAAUUGCUUACUUGAAAUGUUACUGCUAUAUAAAGGAGAAAUAAAACUUUCUAGAAACAAAAGAAAACAGUUUAAAAGAGGUGUAAUAAUGUAACUAAAGUGAUAAAAGAGCCUUGAUUUUAAAAGUUAAUUCACUGAUACAAAAAUACUAUAAUUAUCCAGCUUACUGUAUUAUACUUGUUUAUUUCCCAAAUAUAUUUAUCUUAAAUCUGUAUCUGUAGAACCAGUGAGUUUGCCUCUUCCAGAUACUACCUCUUUUUGCUAAUAAAGGCAUACUCUUUUGAAAAUAUACUAUAGAUUCUAAGUAAAUAAAAAAGUCCAAAUAAAAAGCCAUAUUACUACAAAGUUCAGCCCUGUUGAAUCCUGGCAUGGCAUUUUUAUUCCUACAUAUGUGACUAUGUUGCUAUAGUGUAUUAUGGUUGAUUUUCUUUAAUAUAUUUAAUCAAAUGAUGCACUUUAUGAUAAUUAAACGUUUUGUGCCAAGUUUAAUUGAUAAAUUUCUUUAAUUGGAGUUAUGAAAAAGAAUUAUGUAGUGCCUUUACUCUUUUGCUUUGUAGAAAAGUCUUGUAGGGUCUGUGAGUCAGCUUUAUAAAAAGUACUUAAUGCAUCACAUAUUGUUGUUGAAAGUGCCUUAUUUUUAUCAUAUGAAUUUAGUCAUUUAUUUUCUACUUCUGUUGUUUUGCAUAUUGCUGUUAACAAGGACUAUAGUCAUGUUGGCAUUUUGAAAUACCAGAUGUUAAUAUUGAAGUACAUAUGCUUUGUAAAAUGGAGGGAAACUUACUGGGGAAAUAAAAUAAUCUCCAAUGUUUUUUCUUUCCUAGCAAAGUUUAUCAGUAUUUUAAUGUAUACAUUAAGAUGUGAUUGCUUAAAUUCUGACAUAGUGUAAAAUAUGCAUUAGCUAUUGAUAAUCUUUAAGCUUAAAAAAGACUGCUUUUUACCAAAGUACAUAGAAUUUUUAACGUCUUUGUGAAAAGGCACAUGUGCUGUCUCAAGACAAUAUUUUCCACAAAGUGGAAAUAUGUAUUAGGAAUGUGUUUACUCUUCUGAAAGGCAAAGGGUUUACUUGUUCAUUUAAAUUAUUCUAGAUUUUGAAAGGAUUUUAAAAGGAUGGUCAUUUAAGUUAAUAUCAUUUCAGUCUAAUAAAACAGGAUGAUCUUCGCUAAAUUUCACAUAUUAUAGUGCUUCAUGUCAGUGAUAUAAAGUAAACCACACACUUUGAAAACCUGGCCUUUAAAAGGAUUGUAUUCUAAGUUUUGGAUGGGUCAGGAAAAGUUGAACCACUAGUAUUUAUAGAAUUUACCUUUUUUACUUUCAUAAUCAUUUCAUUCUCAGUAUUAUGUUCAUUUAAUAAAUUAUUUUUUCAGUACAGCAGUAGCUGUGUUGUUCAGAUGUUGAUGCCAUUUCCCCCUCCUCCUAUGUUCUUAUCCCAAUCUCUUAUUAUUGUAAAUUGAACUAUAGUUAACUACUGCAUGUCCCAGAUGUUGACAGUCUAUGGUUUCCUUUUUAACUUUCAGUUUAUAUUACUGAUCAUUCUAAGUCUUUGUGAAUAGGAACAAUGUACUUCAAAUGUAACCAAUAUUAUAUUAAAAAAAAUUGAACAUA